AUGGCAAAGAGGCAAGCGGUGGAGGCGCUCGAUCGAACAAUGCGAGACAUCAUAGGGGUGGCACUCCCAUUCGGCGGAAAGAUAAUGGUUUUGGGGGGUGAUUUUAGACAAGUAUUAUCGGUUGUGAGGCGUGGAACCCGAACACAGAUUGUAGAUUCUAGCUUACGGAUGUCACCUCUUUGGGCAACGAUUAAAAAGAUACGGUUAACGCUCAAUAUGAGAGCACGCACUGAUCCGUGGUUUUCAGAAAUUUUAUUAAGAGUCGGUGAUGGAGAUGAAGAAGCGGUGGACGAAAGCUUUAUUCGCAUACCGGAUGACAUGACCAUUCCCUAUGCUGAUAAAGGUAAGUCAAAAGAUGCGCUGAUUGGCGCAAUCUUUCCGUCUCUGCAAAUCAACGGAGCUGAUUCCGAUUAUAUCAUUUCGAGGGCGAUAUUGUCAACUAAAAACGAGAAUGUCGACGAGAUUAAUGAUCAGUUGAUCGAAAAGUUUUUCUGGAGAUGA